UAUUUCCAAUACAGGCUAAGUGAAAGUAAGAUAUAAUCGAUCGAAUGACAUACGUUAAAUAGGCUUAGUAAAUAUAUCAUUAUUCAGCGAGAUCUUACAUAUAACAGAGGGUGUAUUAUGAAUAAAUAAUAUAACCAGCUAACUAAGUUUCCUCAAAGACAUCGGAACAUAAUCGCUGUGAUUGCUCUUACAACAGGGGUUUUGAAGUAACGGGAUGCCGCGGCCGGUGUACGUGAAGACGGAAGUGGCGGCGGAGCGGGCCGUCACCGACAUCCUGAUCCGAAAACAACCCGUAGUAGCCAUCAAAUGCCUAGGAUGUAACGUCGGGGAGAAAGGUGGUCGGAUAACGCUGGUGUCGGUUGGUUGCUGGGACGGUCACGUGUACGUGUUCGACGUGAAGAAGUGUCCGGCCAUCGUUUACGCCGGCGGCCUCCUCCGCCUUCUCCAGGCCGCACAGUUCCUCAAGGUGUUCCACAACUGCACCCCUGACUGUACAACCCUGAUGAAACAGUUCGGGGUUCGCGUGAAUCACUUCUAUGAUACACAGAUCGCGCACGCGGUCAUAAUGGAGCGAAAUGGACUUCCGGCGCGACGGCUGUCCCUGCGCCAGAUAUGUGACUCCUACAAACAGUCCGCCCCCGCAGUGCCCCCAGAACUUGAGCGCCUUGUGUGUGAGGAUGUGAACGUAUGGGCAAGGCGACCGGUGACGCACGCCAUGCUGGACUUGGCCGCUGCGUCCGUCCGACCGCUGGUUCCCGGCCUCUUCGUCAACACUGACAGGCUGCUGCCAACAGACAGCAAUGAGUGGUUCACUCACCAGUGUGACGAGAACCGGCGAAAACGACUUCCGGUGCACGCACCGCCAGUGAACCCCCACCAGGGAAUGCAGCACCACUGUUGCACGUGCACCAACUGUGGUGUCACUAGGCGCAACAUGACCGCCGAAUACAGUGAAAACAAGUCAGAAGAGGCUCAAUGACAGUUUUAUACAUUCUACAUUACACAUUCAACAGCACAAAAAAUUGUUAAUUUCAUUUAUUCCAUUAGUUUCCGUUUUUUUUGUUAUUUGUUCUUCGUAUUAAAACGACUAAGCCAG